AUGAGCUUAAAUAUUCCUGACGAGGACUUAAUCACGACUAAUUACGAUGACGUCUCUGACCUUAAUGGUGCUGCGACUAGUGCAGUUUUAACUGCUGCCGAAAACGCCACUCCAUAUGUUCCAUUUAUUAAAAAUGAAAUAUUGGCUGCCAAUAACAAAACAUCACCACUUAUUUCGCAAAAGCACCCAGAACACUUUUAUAAUUCAAAGCUCACUGAAAAGUACUUAGUUACGACCAAUUACGAUGACACUACUGCUAUAUCUUCUGAAAAACAAUGGCGUUAG